CCCUUGGGAAACUGCUUGACAGCAGGGCGGGGUAGAGGGGGUUCAGGGUGUGAUAUAAAAUAGAGCUUCCAGUGCGGCUUUAGAUCUGUAUGCACAGGUUUAGAAAAUGUUAGACCUGACCCCUUAAUCCAUUGGUUAUGUGAGGUCCAAAUGUGGAUUUUUGGAUUUUUCUGAGUGUUUCUUUUUUUGCCGUUUUCUGGACUUUGGAGCCAUGGAGGUGUGUUUGAAGAGGUAUCUGAAAACAGUUUGUGUCUUCCUGCAUCUAACAGCUUGCGUAGCAGGAAUAACGGGGCGAUGCAGUCUGUUCGGACGACAUCACAUUCACACCUUUGACGGAGUUUUGUACGAGUUUCCUGGAGUUUGCAGCUACCUUCUGGCUGGGGACUGUAACCAUCGCUCCUUCACUCUGCUGGGUGACUUUCACGAUGGCAAAAGAACAGGGGUCACAUUGUUUCUGGGCGAUGCCUUUGAGUUGCACCUAUCUGCAGAUGGACGACUUUCACAAGGAGAAAAAAUGUUGUCUUUGCCUUAUGCAUCUCAUGCUGUGUUUGCGGGGUCAGAGCUCGGUUUUUAUAAACUCUGGAGCGAGGAGUUUGGCUUCACCGUCACCAUCGAUAAUGCAGCCAACAUCGCCUUGACGCUGGCCAAACGCCACACCAAUCGCACCUGCGGCCUCUGUGGCAACUUCAACGCGAUCUCAACUGAUGAAUACACCGCUCAGGAAGGAUUUCUAACAGAAGACAGUUAUGAUUUUGCAAAUUCAUGGGCUGUGAAGGGAGCGGCUCAGUCUUGUCGACGGGUUUCUAAUCCCACCCAUUCCUGUAACAGCACAAAAGGCACAACAGAGAUCUUGUCCAGCUGCAGUGUGUUGCAGACCUCCAGCUUGUUCCUCCGCUGUGCCCACUUGGUCUCUCCUGAGGCAUUCCUGCUGCUGUGUCAGAGGGAGGCCUGCUACUGUGAGCAGAAGGCUGCAGAAGACUGUUACUGUCCAGUCCUGCUGGAGUAUGCUCGCACAUGCCACGCUCAUGGGCUGCUGCUGCGCGGUUGGCUGGAGGAGAGCCAGUGCUUUCCCAAGUGUCCAAUCGGCAUGCAGUACAGUGAAUGCACCAAGUCCUGCUCUACAACCUGCCACAGUCUCAACAUACAGGAGGUCUGCAAAGAAGAGUGUAUGGAUGGCUGCACAUGUCCCAGUGGGAAGGUUUUAGAUGGUAAUCGCUGUGUGGAGGUUUCUCAGUGCUCCUGUGCACACAUGGGACAACAUUUCCCUCCAGGGUCUACAAUCUCCCAGAACUGCAAUACAUGUGUGUGCCGUCAUGGAUCCUGGGAAUGUACCAAUGAAGGCUGCCCCGGGGAGUGCUUAGUUGUUGGCCAGUCUCACUUCAAGUCCUUCGACAACAAAUUUUUUACCUUCAUCGGCCACUGUCAGUAUCUGCUGGCAAAGGACUGCACACAUGACGAGUUUUCUGUCAUAAUUGAGAAUGUACAAUGUGCAGAUGAUCCAGAAGCUGUUUGCACGCGCUCAGUGACGCUCAGCCUGCCCUCUCUGGAGAACAUGACCGUGAAGCUGAAGCAUGGAGGACUUGUUUCUGUCAACAGUAUGGAUAUCCAGACCCCAAUGCAUCAUGGUCGCCUACAAAUAACAAGAUCUGCUCAGUCUUCUGUUCGAGUAAAGUUUGGUGAUGACCUCCGUCUGGACUGGGACGGUCGAGGCCGCGUGCUUCUAAAGCUGGGGCCGCGAUGGGCGGGGCAGACCUGUGGUCUCUGUGGGAACUACAAUGGCAACAAUGGUGACGACUUCCUGUCCAGUUGCGGACUGGUCGAGGCAAGUCCUCAGGCGUUUGGUCAAGCUUGGAGGAUCAAUGGAGAUUGUGAAUCCACAUACAAGCAUGAGCCUGAUCCCUGCACCAUUAACCCCAAAAGAGUGCGUUUUGCAGAGGAGGCGUGCGCAGUGAUGACGUCGGCCAUAUUCAGUCCAUGCCACUUCCUGGUGAACCCGGGUCCGUUCCAGAGGUUUUGCCGUUAUGAUGUGUGUGCCUGUGAGGACGGCGAGGCGUGCCUGUGCUCUGCUCUGGCUGCUUACGCUGCUGCCUGCUCUGCACGGGGGGUGCUGCUCAACUGGAGGUCUCCUUCCCUCUGCGAGAUGCCGUGCUCCAGAGGUCAGGUCUACGAGGCCUGCGGGAGUUCGUGUGAUCGGACGUGCCGCUCUCUGUCCGAGCCCGAGCCCGGCUGCGAGGGGGAGAGGAUGUGUGAGGAAGGCUGUUUCUGUCCUCCCGGGAAGUACCUCAGCGCCUCUGGAGAAUGUGUGACGGCCGACUUGUGCUCCUGCCUGCACGACGGACAGAUCUACCAGCCUAAUGACGUCUAUGCGGAUCACAGCAGCAUCUGCUACUGUGAGAACGGCUCCAUGCACUGUAGCGCCCCUGAAAUGUCUUCAUUUCUGUCUGAUCUCUUCUACGACGAUGAAACGGUCCCAUCCAGAGAGCGACGAUCAGCCCAGUGCCCUCCUCCCCUUGUUCGUACAGAGUGUAAUCCAGGUGAGAAGGGCCUGGAGUGUGCCAGAACCUGCCAGAACCUGGACCUUCCUUGUAUCAGCCUCGCCUGCAUCCCCGGCUGCCUCUGUCCACUAGGCACUGUGCGUCACCGCAGAGACUGCAUUACGCCGGAGCAGUGUCCCUGUUACCAUAACAACAGGCCAUACGCAGCAGGACAGACCAUCAGCGUCGACUGCAACACCUGCGUUUGUGAGAACAGGAAGUGGCGCUGCACGAAGAAGCUGUGUGACGGUGUGUGCCGCACUGUAGGGGAGGGGCAUUACAUCACAUUUGAUGGCCUCAAGUACUCCUUUCCUGGUCUUUGCCAAUAUGUCCUGGUCCAGGACAUGUGUCAUGGUGAGGAGGGUUCCUUCAGAGUGUUGGUGGAAAAUGAAGCCUGUGGUAUUGUAGGCCAUCGCUGUGCGAAAGCAGUCACAGUUUUCUACCAGGGUGGGCUGAUUGUAAUGCAACAUGGAGAGGUGACGAUGAAGAAGCCGGUGCCGCAGAGUUCCCAGGUGGAGAUCAUCCGAUCCGGUCAGUUUUACACCCUUCUGCUGGGUAAACACAUCUCCCUCAGCUGGGACAAAGGAACUCGCAUCCUGGUCCACAUCUCAGCUUCCUACAGGGGGCGAGUGUGCGGUCUCUGCGGCAACUUUGACGGGAACAUCAACAAUGAUUUGAUGAGCAGCAACAACCAGCUGGAGGUGGACUCGUCACACUUUGGGAACUCCUGGAAGGUCGUUCCCAGCUGUGCUGAUGUAACGGUGAUACCAUCUCCCUGUAGCGACAAUAUCAUGAAGAUGGUUACAGUGGAGCAGUCGUGUCGUGUGAUUACUGGUCCCCUCUUCAAAGAAUGCAACAGACAGGUGGACGCAGAGCCCUAUGUGGAGAUGUGCAUCGAGGCAGCGUGCUCGUGCUCCUCAAUAGGCGACUGUGCGUGUUUCUGCGAUGCGAUUGCAGCCUACGCUCAGGCUUGCUCAGAGAUGGGCCUGGCCGUUACCUGGAGAUCCAAUGAUCUUUGUCCCAUGAGCUGUGAGGAGCUGAACCCUAAGACCCCAGGUGUAGGAGAGGAGAUAUGCCAGUGGAGGUAUAACACGUGUGGUCCUGCCUGUCCAGUCACCUGCCAGCACCCAGAGCCACUCCACUGUUCACUCACAUGUGUGGAAGGCUGUCAUGCCAACUGUCCUCCAGGUCAGCUUCUGGAUGAGGUGGCUAUGCGAUGCGUAGAUCCCUCUCAGUGUCAGGUGUGUAUCCAUGAGGGUCAGAGAAUCUCCCAUGGCAAUAAGGUCAUCCUGAACCAUGAUGACCCCAACCACUGUAAGAUAUGCCACUGUGAGAACAACACUCUGAGCUGUGAAGACUGCACUUCUCCCAGCCUGUUUUCCACACCCACACCCACGCCUCCUUAUGGCACCUUCACCACCAUGCCCUUCAGCACCUUGAUGCCCGAGGGCACGUGUGAUCGUGCCAUGGAUCUGGCUUUCCUACUGGAUGGUUCAGAAGCCCUAACCGAAGAUGAAUUUCAGGCCACAAAAGAGUUCAUACUAGGAGUGGUGGAGCGGUUCCGGAUGGGUUCAGCUCACACUCGAGCCACAGUGCUGCUUUAUCACUCUGGGGUUAAAACAUAUGAACUGCAGGUCCAAAAGUGGCUGUUAAAGAAGACUGUGCGUGAGCUUCACUACACAGGUGGAGAAGCAGCCUUCCUGGACGAGGCUGUCAAGUAUCUGGCCAUCAACAUCUACGACAAGAACAAGCGAGAGCACGCUGGUCGCGUUGCCAUUAUCUUGACGGCCAGCAGUAACCCCCGUCCCGUUCGUUCCAUUGUCAAGAUGAUUCGUAAGAAAGCUAUCACCACUUUGACAGUGGCUUUAGGUCCAGGUGUGGACAUGAGGCAAAUUAAUGACAUCACUGCCGCCAACCCAGAUAACAGGGCCUACGUGCUGAGCAGCACAGGAGAGCUUCCUGAACGCCUGUUAGAAAUAAUAGAUUACCUCUGCACUUUGGGGAUGGAGCCUGAGGGGCCAAAAUUGCCAAAACCUCCAAAAGCAAUGCAGAUCAAAACCACAACCACCCCAGUAACAGCAUCACAUGUACAGCCAAAUCAUCUUCUCCCCAUCUCCCCCGCUUCCACUACAUCCUCUACCCUGGCACCUGUUGCCACCCUGCCUUCCUACCGCCCUCCAGCCACAGAUGUGACAUUCAUCCUGGAAGGCUCUGACGCUGUCGGCGAAACCAACUUCAACAAGUCUCUAAUCUUCCUGGAAGAAGUUAUAUCACAGCUGACGGAAGAGAAAGAGUUCGUUCGCAUCACCGUGAUUCAAUACUCCGUGACGGUCACUGUGGAGAUCCGUCGCUGGGAGCUACGGCAGCAGAGGUACGAGUUGAUGCAAAGACUGCGGGAGAUUCGUUGGAGAGGCGGAAGUAAGACAAACACCGGAGCGGCUGUCAGCAUGACCACAGAAAUCACUACAACCCAACCAUCGAGCAGUCCCACCCCGCCUCAGCUCGUCUUUCUGGUGACAGAAAACCCACCUACUGAUACAGUGAUGCGUCCACCAACCACAAGCACCCAAACACAAGUGUAUCCUAUAGGUGUUGGACCAAAGGUACGUGAAAUGGACUUGCUAUCAUUCAGCUUCCCUCACCAACCAAUGAUGGUGAAUGACUACAACCAACUGACAACGCUGGUACACCGUGUCAUCAACAUCACGAAAACCACAGUCAGACCCCGAUCGCCUACACUACCACCUCUGGUCCUCCCAUCACACCCCACCCUUCCACCAACAGUGCCGUGUAAGAAGCCUGUGGAUGUGCUGUUCCUGUUGAAGGCUGGAAAUCAGUUUGAGGAUGUGAAGACGUUUGUCAAAGCUUUCAUCGAUCAUUCUGAAAUAGGGCUGAAUGGCACGCAGGUGAGUUUGGUUCAGUAUGGAGACACCAACACAGUUGAGUUUACAUGGAAGAACCAGCAGAGCAAGUCAAGCCUCCUGCAGCUGGUGGAGAACAUCCCGAGCAGGGCCUCGGCAGCCCCGGCCCUGGGUUCUGCGCUGAGAUUCGCCUUGCAGACGUCCAUCUCACCUGCCAGCGGUGGAAGAGUUGGCGUGCCCAAGGCCGUGGUGAUGAUGGUGACCGAUAAGUCUACCGAUGACGUCAAAGAGGCAGCUAACGAGGCGCUGGCAGCAGGUGUGUCAGUGUUCCCCAUUGGAGUCGGAUCAGUUUACGACUCGAGUGAGCUUAGCGUACUAGGUCGCCAUGGAAACCAAGACAACACUCUGCAUCUGAAGGACAUGGAUCAGCUGCGGAUAUUUCUGACUUUGGACAGCAGCUACACAGAGAAAAUCUGCAGAGCCGGUCCACCAGGAGUUUGCGUGGAUGACUACGGGAACGAGAGGAACCCCGGUGAAUCGUGGCUGCUGGCGGACGGCUGCCACUCCGUCCUGUGUUACCCCAGUGGAGCGGUGAUGGUGCAGAAUCACAAAGUCACCUGUGACAAAAUGGAGCCACCGGUGUGCAGUAACAACAUGCAGCCCGUCAGAGUCGAGGAGGCCUGCGGCUGCCACUGGGAGUGUCCCUGCAUGUGUGUGGGCAGCUCCACCAACCAUUUGGUGAGGUUCGACGGCUUGACACUCAGGCUGGACGGGGAGGGAUUGUGCUCCUACACACUUUUCACCAUCAGCAAAAGCAUCAGUCAAAGCUCAGAGGUCAAGCUCCACACUGGACCUUGUCAAGACUCAGCGAAUUAUAACCACAUCUGCAUGAAGUCCAUGGAGGUGACACAUGGACGGUACAGGCUGAUGCUGAAGGAUGAUAUGACGGCAGUGAUCGAUCAGGAAGAGCUUGCUUUGCCGUGGCGGUUCGGUGGUAUGGAGCUGGUGCGCUACGGCGGAGUCAUGCUGCAGCUGAAGUCAGACCUUGGCUAUGUUUUGACUUUUACCCCUCAAAGCAACGAGUUUACGAUCUCGUUGCUCAGCUCAGCUGCCAGCGGUCACACUGCAGGACUCUGCGGUGCUUGUGGGCAGGAGAAGGAAAAAAUCCUCUCUUUACGUAACAGCAGCACAACCACCAACCAGCCGGCCUUCGUCUCCGACUGGAGUAAGGCUGCAGACGGUGGUGUGUGUCUGCCCAAAGGGAAGGCAGUGUGUAUAUCUGGAGUGGCGAUGGGAUGUCAGGCCCUACGUUCUGAGGUGUUUGAGCCAUGCCACGCCCACAUUGCCGUCCAGCUGUUCCUCAUCCUGUGUGAGGAGCAGGCGUGUGAGGAGUCAGAUGUGUGUGAGGUCAUUUCCGCUUACGCACGCGCCUGCAGACAGAGGGGCGUGUGUGUGGACUGGAGGAGCCCCCACCUCUGUCCGUUCAAAUGUCCAGAAUCCAGGGAGUAUGAAGCAUGUCGGACGGGGUGCGUUGAUGGCUGCAACAGCAUUCAGGCCUUACCAGGCGACUGGGCGAUUGCCAGGGCUAACGAGUCAUCCUGUUUGGACACGCCUACCGAAGGCUGUUUCUGUGCCGGAGGGACACUCCUGCAUCAUGGACAGUGCGUCUCACCAGAAGCAUGUGGGCAGUGUGUCGACCAUCGAGGACACACUUUUAGAUAUAUGCAGAGUUGGGUGCCAGAUGACAACCCAUGUUCGAUUUGUAUGUGUCUGGACCAAGAACGCAUCAACUGCACUGCCAGGCCCUGCAAUGACAUAAAAGUGUGUGAUCGUACACUCUGUGACCAGCCCGAAGCACCGCGCUGUGAAGACGGUCAAACUGUGGUGCUGAAAAACCCCGGCGAGUGUCAGCCCCUUUACGAGUGUGUGUGCAAAAAGGAAGAGUGCGCCCUCCAAGCACCUCUCCAAUGCCCGUCGCAUCGCCAGCCGACAGUGAAGAAGACAAAAUGUUGUGAUGAGCUAGAAUGCACGUGCAACUGCAAGAACUCUACCCGCAGCUGCCCCGCUGGCUUCGUCACGUCCUCCUUCACCGACGACUGCGGCUGCACAGAAGUCCGCUGCCAGCCUGACAAGGUGUGUGUUGUCGGCGGCGUGGUUCAUCCUGUGGGAAGCGAGUGGGAGGAAGGCUGUGAGAAAUGCACGUGCACCGGACUGCAGGACAAAGACACGUCGCUUCAUGUUGCUCAGUGUAAACCGCCUGUUUGCGAUCAGAACUGCCCUCUGGGCUCAUUAUACACUCAGAUGAAAGGAGAGUGCUGUGGAAAGUGUGUACCAAGCAGCUGUGUGGAGACAGAGGGUGAGAGGCGAGGAGACGCGCUCACCGUGGGGAAACUCAGACAAGUGGGUGAAGUGUGGCAGGCCCCACAUGAUAAAUGUGUCUUACACCAGUGUCUGAAAGUGAAGGAUGAGGUGUUCAUUUCUCCAACUAAUGUCAGCUGUGCCGAUAUGGAGACUCCGACCUGCCCGCUGGGAACCGAGCUUCACUGCGACACCCAGGACUGCUGCCCCCGCUGCCGCUGUGUUCCUAUGAACGGCUGCAUUCUCAAUCAAACUGUGAUAGGAGCGGGGCAGAAAAUGAUGGUGGAUGUAUGCACGCAGUGUGAGUGUGCAGUGCAGAUUGGUCCAGUGACAAAAUAUAAACUAUCCUGCAAACAAACCAGCUGUCCACCUUGCCCCAGGGGAUACGCGUUGCAAAAGGAGGAAGGGAGUUGCUGUGGCCGCUGUGUUGCCUUCGCCUGUUUUACACAAAACCCAGAUGGAAAACUCAUCAGUGUGCAAGUCAACACGACCAGCGAAGACGGCUGCAACUCAUAUGCUUGUGGUGUGAACAGCAGAGGAGAGCUGGCCCUGGAGACCCGAGUGACCACCUGCCCUCCUUUUAACCGUCAAGCCUGCCUGGAUCAGGGGGGGAAAGUCAGCCAGAUUGGAAAAACCUGCUGUGAGACGUGUACCGAACCCGAGUGCCGGAGGACAGUGGGAACGCUUGACUACAUCAAAGUGGACGACUGCCAGUCAGAUCAACGGAUUGAGCUGAACUACUGUGAGGGCAAGUGUCGCAGUAAAUCCAUGUACUCCCUGCAGAGAGCCGCUGUGGAGCAGGAGUGUGUGUGUUGUUCGGCGGUGGGGACGGAGCCUCUCAGCGUGCCCGUCCUGUGUGGCAAUGGCACUCGCAGCCACCACACUGUCCUGUCUGUGACUGCGUGUGACUGUUUGUCCAAACACUGCACCUGAACAAAACGAGAGCUUCUAAAGAGUGAAGCUUUCUGUUUAUUCAAGCAAAAUGUACCCAUAAAAAGAAAUAAUAUAUAAAUACAGUAAACCAAUAACACACACGUAACAGUUUCCGUAAGCUUCACUUUCCCCCCCUAAUAAAUUAAAAUGAGCAAUGGCUCAUUUUGAAAUACAUGUUUGUGAGAGUUAUGGUUUGAUUGAUAUUUGUUGAGCAUGAGUCCAUCCAUCAUCUGCCACUUGUUCCAGAGACAGGUCAUUUGAAGGUCCUGAGAUGAUCUCUAGAAACUAAGCAAAAUUGAACUAUACCAAUCAAAAUAUUUGAACUAAAAUUAUUAGGGAAGAUUUAAAAACCAGUCAUAAAAUGUAAAGUUUUAUAAAUACGAGCUUAGACUAUCUAUGUUGUCAUUAUGUCCUUACUUUUUAAUUUUUUUGGAAAUUGUGUAGUGCACCUUUUAUAGAUCAGGAUAACAUUAUGUUUGUUAUUGUAUUUCUCUUUUAUUUAAAAUAAGUGCAUUUUUGGGCUGCUGCUGGGUGUUCAAAAUAAACACAAUAAAUAUGAA